AUGGGCAAGAAGUCCCGCAGCGCGCCGUGCCGCCGGCCCAUCCUGCAGCUCUCCCCGCCCGCCCCCCGACGGGAGGACGCGGGGCCGGCGCCGCAGCCCCCCGAGGGCGCGGAGUCGGGCUCGGAGCCGGACGAGCCCGAGGCGGGGCCGGAGCCGCCCCGCAGCGCCCCCAACCCGCCGCCCCCCGCGCCCGCCGCCGUCAAGCCCACAGGCGGCCUGUGCCUGCUCGGCGCCUACGCAGACAGCGACGAUGAGGAGGGCGAAGCCACCGAGAAGUCGGCGCGCUCCGGGGACGCGAACGGAAACAACUCAGCCGACAUCGACAGCACGCUGGCAAACUUCCUGGCGGAGAUCGACGCCAUCACGGCCCCCCCGCAGCCCGCAGAGCCCGCCGCCGCGCCGCCCCCCACGCCUCCCCGCCCCGAGCCGAAGGAGCCGAGCGCUGGGCAGCCCGCCGGCACCGCCAGCGCCAACGGCACAGACGCGGCGCCGGCCCCCGAGUGGCAGUAUGACACCCAGUGCUCGCUGGCGGGAGUGGGGGAACUGGAGAUGGGCGACUGGCAGGAGGUGUGGGACGAGAACACGGGCUGCUACUACUACUGGAACACGCAGAGCAACGAGGUGACCUGGGAGCUGCCGCAGUACCUGGCGGCGCAGGUUCAGGGCCUGCAGCACUACCAGCACAGCGCUGCAGCAGCGGGUGCCAACGGGAGCUUCGCGGCGUCUGCGGAGCUGUACCCGCAGGAGAAAGGGGCCACAGCGGGUGGCCGCGGGGCCGGCCUGGCCAAGCCGGUGAAGAAGGAGGUGAACGAAGGUGUGCAGGCGCUCUCCAAUAGCGAGGAGGAGAAGAAAGGGGUGGCCGCGGCCCUCCUGGCGCCGCUCCUGCCAGAUGUGGUGAAGGAGGAAGAGGAGCGCUGGCGGAGGAAGGUGAUCUGCAAAGAGGAAGUCGAGCCGCCCCCGGAAGAGGAGGCGAAAGCGGAGGAGGCGGCAGCUGCUGCUCCUGAAGAGCCCGAAGCUGGCAGGGACCCCCUGGAGGACACGCUGCAGGAGGAGCUGUGCAGCGUGGUGCAAUCGGGGGAGAGCGGGGAGGAAGAGGAGGAGCAAGACACACUCGAACUGGAGAUGGUGCUGGAGAGAAAGAAGGCAGAGCUGCGUGCCUUGGAGGAAGGAGACGGCAGCGUUUCAGGCUCCAGCCCGCUCUCUGACGGGAGCCAGUCGGCCUCGCAGGAUGCGACCCGCAGGCUGGCCUCCAAGCGAGGGAAAUGGAAACUGUUUGUGGGAGCUGCCAGCCCCGAAUCCACUAGUCGAGGCUCCAGCAAAACGGGCCGGGAGAGCCCGGAGGCGGGAGAAGCAGCCGCGGGCACGGAAGCACCCGAUGUGCAUUCAGACAAAGAGGCAGAGUCUGAGGAGCCCCAGGAGAAAGCCAAAGCACAAGGGGCACCAAAAAUAGAAGAGGAGGAGCAGGACCUAAAGUUUCAGAUCGGAGAGCUGGCAAACACUCUGACUAGUAAAUUGGAGUUCCUGGGCAUCAACAGACAAUCUAUCUCCAACUUCCACAUGUUGCUGUUGCAGACAGAGACCCGCAUUGCAGACUGGCGAGAAGGUGCUCUCAAUGGAAACUACCUCAAACGCAAACUUCAAGACGCAGCCGAACAGCUAAAACAAUACGAAAUAAACGCCACCCCUAAAGGCUGGUCCUGCCACUGGGACAGGGAGCAUAGACGCUAUUUCUAUGUUAACGAGCACUCAGGAGAGUCGCAGUGGGAGUUCCCCGACGGGGAGGACGAAGACGAAGGACAGCAGACCACCGACAGAAAAGCCGACGGUCCUCCUAAACCACCUCCAAAAGAGAAAGGAGAGCGCGCCGGAGAUGCCACCGAGCGCUCCGCAGCCUGUGUCAAUAUGUAUUCUUCAGGCUCCCUUUGUAAAGAAUCCUUCUCAGGCCAAGUUCCCGCUACGUCUCUCAUGCCGCUCACUCCAUUUUGGACUCUGCUUCAGUCCUCUGUCCCGGUCCUCCAACCUCCCUUGCCUUUGGAAAUGCCUCCGCCGCCUCCGCCUCCACCAGAUUCGCCCCCACCGCCGCCGCCACCACCCCCGCCGCCGCCUGGAGAAGACGGCGAGAUCCAGGAAGUGGAGAUGGAAGACGAGGGGGGCGAGGAGCCGCCUGCCCCAGGAACAGAAGAAGACGCUCCCCUGAAGCCUCUCCUGCGCCCGGCCGUCAGCAGCAGCCAGGGAGCCGCUGAACCCAGCCCUGCCCCGCUGCUCUCCGCCAAGCCUCAGAAGCGGAAAGCUGCCGAGAUGAACCCGGGGCUGAUGCAGCGAACAGCCACCAUCGGCAGCUGCCCCGUCAUCUACAGCCAGCCCCUCAUGGCCGCCGGCAAGUACCAGCCUUCGGCCGUGCCCCUCGCCUCCCUGAGGCCACGCCAGCGGCUGCAGGGCGAGAUCCAAGGCCGCGCCAACCUCCGCCUCGCGCCGGGCCACGCCGGCCCCCAGCCCGCCGGCCUGGCCAUGCAGCCCGGCUACUUGGGCGUGACGGCGCCCGCGGCGCCUUCCGUCAUGAGCUACUCGGAGUGUGCCGUGCCUGCCAGCCUCGCCGCUGCCCCCGCCGUGCCGCUGGCCCCGGCGCGCGGAUCCCUGCCUGCCACCAGUGCUGCCGAGCAGCCGCCUCCCCCCCCACCGCCCCAGACGCCCCCACCUCCCACCCCCAAGGCGCCGCCGCCGCCCGAGAAGCCCGAGAAGCCGAGGAAGGGGCGGAAGGACAAGGGCAAGAAGGGCAAGACGAAAAUGCCGUCUUUGGUGAAGAAGUGGCAGAGCAUCCAGCGGGAGCUGGAUGAGGAGGAGAACUCCAGCUCCAGCGAGGAGGACCGGGAGACGACGGCACAGAGGCGCAUCGAGGAGUGGAAGCAGCAGCAGCUGCUCAGUGGCAUGGCGGAGAGGAACGCCAACUUCGAGGCGCUGCCAGAGGACUGGCGAGCGCGGCUGAAGCGGAGGAAAACCGCAUCGAGCACAUGAGGCGCGCGCGUGGCGCUGUUUUGUUUUUUUUUUUUUUUUUUUUACAGUUGUACAGUUUAGAGCCCUUUACGACUCAAAUCGUUGUCCAAUAAAUUG